UCUUCCUCAUCAACGGCCCAAGCCUCAGCUUCAUUGCCAUUGGUUUCGGCCAGAUCCACAGCUACCAUCCAACAUCGCAUUUUGCCGGCUGAAACCAUCCCCCUGCCCAUUACCAUUUCCCAGCGACCUGGUUUGCGUACGGUCAUUGCUCCCGAGACCAUAACCAUUCAACAACCCACCAUUGCUCGAGUGGGCGAAGUUGUGCAGCAAAUCCCCACCGCAGUAUCCCACCAACGUCAAACUGUUGUUCACAAACAUGCUCGAGUGGUUACACCCAUUGUGGCCCCAGCUGUUCGCACCUUAACUUCACAAAUUGUUCGCGCAUAUCACACACCCUUGGUCUAUGCUCCCCAAGUGACCACAAAUUAAAG